GAGACAAGACAGUAAACAUAAACAAAAUUUAAUUGCUGCAGCUGCAUCUACUGGUUGCCAACUAGUGAAAUUCAAGUGUGACACUGUUUCGUCUCAUUGGACAGACUAUAUAAUCUAGUAUAUUACAUUAGUAUUAGCAGAGAGAAAACUCCUGCCUGCUAUCAGCUGAUAGCAACAGACAACUCAAUAGAUGGAGUACAUAUAUCAUGUGGUCAGUUGUGUUUACUUCCUCUGAGUCAAUUGUUGUAUAGUAUAUAAUUUAUAAUUAAAACAUAAUAUGCUAUAGAUAUUACAUUAAAUAGAUUUGUUACUGAAAAACAAUCAUUGUACAUCAUAUACGACAUAUAUACCUACGUAUACAUGUGACACUUGGUGUAAAAGUGUCAAUGUAUGGAAAUAAAAUCUUAAUUGAAAUACACCAAGUCAAUCAACAAGAUGACGGCUAACUAUUAUUUCGCAAUCGUUGGGCAUACUGACAAUCCUCUAUUUGAAAUUGAAUUCAACAAUUCUGGAAAAGAUGCAAAGAAAGAAGAUUAUACUCAUUUAAACCAAUUUAUUGCACAUGCUGCCCUAGAUCUUGUAGAUGAACAUACUUGGAAAACAACAAAUAUGCAUUUGAAAGUUGUAGACAAAUUUAACCAAUGGUUCGUGAGUGCAUUUGUUACUGCAACUCACAUUCGAUUUGUCAUGGUACAUGACAGUAAAAAUGAAGACGGUAUAAAAAAUUUCUUCAAUGAAAUGUAUGAAAUGUACAUAAAGUACUCAAUGAAUCCAUUCUAUAAAUUAAAUACGCCUAUUAAAUCCAUUGGCUUUGAGAAAAAGGCACAAUUAUAUGGUAGAAAAUAUUUAUCUUCAUAAAUUGUUAAUUAUUUCAUAGUUGUUCCUUGUAUGUAUCCAUUGCAUGAAAAGAAAAUGGAAGAAGUGAUACACUUAAUAAAAUAUCAUAGAAAUAA